GGGCACUCCACAGGCACUUAGCAAAUUAAGUGCUUUAACUCAGGGGCGCAGCAUGGCAUCCGAGUUGGGGCUGACAAUUGCAGGCCAGCGCGAAAGUGGCGCAGAUGUGCGGUCGGCCAACGUGACGGCCGUCAUGGCCUUGGCCAACAUCCUGAAGUCAUCCCUUGGACCGCAAGGUUUGGACAAGAUGUUGGUGGAUGACAUUGGGGAUGUGACCAUCACCAACGAUGGUGCCACCAUCUUGAAGCAAUUGGAGGUGGAACAUCCAGCAGCCAAGGUGCUGGUAGAAUUGGCCAAUCUCCAGGACACUGAAGUGGGUGAUGGAACCACUUCGGUCGUGAUCAUCGCAGCGGAAUUGUUGAAACGAGCCAAUGAGCUUGUGAAGAACAACAUCCAUCCAACGACCAUCAUUGCUGGAUACAGACUGGCGAUGCGAGAGUCCAUCAAGUACAUUCAGGAGAAUCUGAGCCAGAAGGUUGAUGCUCUUGAGCAGGACACCUUGACGAACAUCGCCAAGACAUCGUUGUCUUCCAAGUUUAUUGGAUCUGAGAGCGCGGUAUUUUGUCAGAUCAUCGUCGAUGCGGUGAAGGCCGUCAAGAUGGUGAACCUUCAGGGGAAGGCGAAGUACCCGGUGAAUCAGAUCAACGUCCUGAAGUCGCACGGCCAGAGUAGCCACGAGUCAAUCCUCAUCCCAAAUGGAUACGCCAUGCAGAUCAUGAGGGCUUCACAGGAAAUGCCAGCUUGGGUUUCUCCCGCCAAGAUUGCGCUGCUGGAUUUUGACCUCAAGAAGCACCGCAUGUCGAUGAACGUGAACAUCGUCAUCGACGACCCCGAAGAGUUGGAACGGGUCCGGCAGAAGGAGAUGGACAUCACUAAGGAGAAGAUCCAGAAAAUUUUGGAUGCCGGGGUCAAUGCCAUCUUCACCACUAAAGGGAUUGAUGACUUCGCGAUGAAGUACCUAGUGGAGGCUGGUGUUCUGGGCGUUCGACGUGUCGACAAGAAGGACAUCAAGCGAAUCGCCAAGGUCACUGGUGCCCAGGUGCUUCUCACCAUGGCCACGGAUGAAGGCGAGGAGGCCUUCGAUCCCAGCUACAUGGGCACGGCCGAGGAGGUGGUGAACGAACGCGUCGGAGACAACGACUUCGUCUUCAUCAAGGGCUGCACCGCCAGCAAGGCGUGCAGCAUCCUGAUCAGAGGUGCCAAUGAAUUCAUGCUGGAAGAAGCGUCCCGAUCGGUGCACGACGCGCUUUGCGCCGUGAGUCGCACCUUGGAGUCCAAUGCAGUGGUCCCUGGGGGCGGUGCAGUGGAAACCGCACUCAGCUUGCACCUGGAGGACCAUGCUCGCACCUUUGACUCCUAUGAGCAAUGGGCCAUCGCCGAGUUUGCCGAGGCCCUCCUCACCAUCCCAAAGACCCUGGCCAUCAAUGCUGCCUUGGAUGCCAUUGAUCUGCUGGCGGCUCUUAGGGUGAGACACCAUGCGUCGCAGCAGGACCCAAAGAAGAAAGACUACAGAUGGUACGGCCUAGACUUGACCAAUGGCACUGUGCGAAACCAGAUCUCCAAUGGCGUGUUGGAGCCAAUGGUCUCCAAAUUGAAGUCUUUGAAGUUUGCCACAGAGGCUGCCAUCACCAUCCUUCGCAUUGACGAUUUGGUGAGGAUCGCACCAGAUCCGCAAGAUGAACAGCAGGGUUAGAUUGGGAUCGGUUGAAACAGCGGGUCUGUUUGGCAAAACACCGAUCUGAACCAGAUCUGAAGCAACACAGCCAUCUUGGAAACUGUUG